AUGUCGACCAAUGGAUAUACAAACUGCACAGACGGAACAUUCUAUGGGUUCACCGAUACCGAAAACAACGAGUUUUACCCGGGCGAGUCCUGGACCUUGCAGUGGGGCGCGAUUUUGAAUGGAAGUCUUCCUUUGAAUAUCUCACUAGGUCGCAUAGGCGGAGGUCUUGUCGAUCCAAUUGUUACCGAUGCCACAUUCUCAAAGGAUAGCAGCCUCUACCAAUUAAUCUACAACGCCACAGCCAACUGUACCCUCGAGCAAUAUACCUGGGCGAUACCCUCAGACUUCAACACGUCCAACCCGCAAUACCAGAUUGGGUUAUUUGAUGGAGGAGCUAUUCGUGGAGAUGACGAUAACGGCUGGAGAGCAUGGAGUCCGCUUUUCUACGUUCGAGACAAGUCUGAUGCCAUCUCAGCGUCUCAAACAGCCUCCGCAACUGGCUUAGUGACAGGCACUGGUCAAGCGAGUGCCACAGCUACAGCUACAGCUACAGCUACAUCCGCCACAACAAACACAUCACCCUCAUCAACCUCCUCUACAUCCUCUACAUCGAACCACAAAUCCUCUAAUCCAACUGCCAUUGGUGUCGGCGUCGGUGUAGGCGUUGGAGUCGGUGCUGCCGCCCUGAUUAUGGCUUUCAUUGCCUUUUGGUACUGGCGUCGAAGACAAAGACGGGGAGUGGCUCUCGCCUCGGAUGAUCCACAUCCUAUAGGCUCAACGGAGCUUCAGGCAAGACAUUUAGUGGAAUUGCCGGUGAAUGAGGUCGCGACAAGGAAAGUAGAGAAGUUCCGUGAUUCGGCCUCGGUAUCUCAAAGUGGAAUUACGACAACCAAUAGUGAAGUCCAUGAGAUGGAAUGA